AUGUCGGUUGCCCCUUGGUCCACCAGCGUGGUCACGGUGGCCGCACUGGCCUCGAGUUGGUUCCAGGGCGUCGUGGGGGAGAACACGCCACCUAUUUGCCUGACACGCGACUGGAGGGAGGCCGAGGCCGGGUUCAUUCAGUGGCCUGUUUGUGUUGAGAGCCGGUGGCAACGAACGCUAGAACUAGACGCCCACACCGCUACUGAGGGGCCGACCAAGGACGAGGCCAGUUCAGUCACGAUAUCGGAGACGCCGGCGUCUACACCGACGGAACGACAGGACCACGAGCUGGACACCGACUCGCUCCUGGACAACGCCAAUUUCUUGUCCUUCGAAGACUGGAAAAAGCAGAACCUAGCGAAAGCGGGCCAGUCGGCUGAUGUCGGAGGAAGCAGGCGCGCAGGCGCAGCCGGGAAGGAAGACCGCCGACGGCCUACGGGGAUCAACAAUGCUCUGGACUCGCUCGGGGAUGAUGCGGAGAUCGAGCUUGAUUUCGGCGGGUUCGGCGCCGAUACGCCCGAGGCUGCCAGGCCAACGCCAUGGGAGCCCACGGUGCGGAAGACUGAUGACGACGACGCGCGCGUGAAGGCGGACCAAGAGCGAGCGGACUCUCUCGCUCAUGGUAUAUCGCGCGCGGGUGCGUCUCGCCGAAAGGAUGCCGGCACGACGUGCAAGGAGCGGUUCAACUAUGCGUCUUUCGAUUGCGCGGCGACGGUGCUCAAAACCAAUCCCGAGUGCAAGGGCUCGUCGUCGGUCCUGAUUGAGAACAAAGACAGCUAUAUGCUAAAUGAGUGUCGUGCCAACAACAAGUUCUUGAUCUUGGAGCUGUGCGAUGACAUUCUGGUGGAUACGGUGGUCCUGGCCAAUUACGAGUUUUUCAGUUCCAUCUUCCACACGUUCCGGGUCAGCGUGUCCGAUAGGUAUCCGGCCAAACCGGAUCAAUGGCGAGAGCUAGGGAUCUACGAGGCCAGAAAUACUCGGGAGGUACAGGCCUUUGCGGUAGAAAACCCGCUCAUAUGGGCUCGGUAUCUGAAGAUCGAGUUCCUGACCCACUACGGCCAUGAAUUUUACUGUCCCCUCAGUUUAAUCCGGGUGCACGGCACCACGAUGAUGGAGGAAUAUAAGCAUGAUGGCGAGGGAGGACGCGCGGACGACGACGUCUCCGAGGAGUCGCUUGAACCUAGUCCCCCGCAACAGGACGCAAAGACGGAGGAGAGCGCCGGCUCUUUCACUCAGGGAGUCUCGACUCCCCCGGCAGAUGAACCGGACCCGGUACUUUCAGGUGAUGUCACCUGCUCGAACCCGGCCGGAGAAGUCGAAAUCCCACUAUUGCCGGCUCCCUGGAGUAUCACCAGCACUUGCAGGGCGCAGGGCACCUCAACUGAAUCCGCUGAAUCGGACGGAGAGGUGACUGCGACGUACCAGAACCCCCUGCGGACGAGCGAGGCUCCGGUUACUCGCACAGAGGCGCCCGUGCCCCCAGUAACGCCCUCGGAUGUCUCUACGGCAGAGGUGAUUGGGGAGCCGAAGUCGACGGCGUCUGCGGAAUCGACCAUGGUGCCUUCCCCUGCAUCGUCUCCGCCGCCACCGUCCCCAGACCCUGCAGCACAGAAUGCAACCGCCGAGUCGGUACCGCGAGCGACCGGUACGAUGACGAAGGAAGAGCCCAACAGUGCAUCGGAGUCGGUACGGCCGGCGGCGAUUCAGCCUCCCUCGCCGAACCCAACGACGCAGGAGUCCUUUUUCAAGUCGGUCAACAAGCGGCUGCAGAUGUUGGAGUCGAACUCUACGCUAUCACUGCUGUAUAUCGAAGAACAAUCUCGUAUCUUGCGCGAUGCCUUCAGCAAGGUCGAGAAGCGGCAACUGGGGAAGACUUCGACGUUCUUGGAGAAUCUGAAUGUGACGGUUCUGAACGAGUUGAAGCAGUUCCGCGAGCAAUACGACCACGUCUGGAAGAGUGUUGCGCUGGAAUUCGAGCACCAACGGAUCCAAUACCACCAAGAGAUCUAUUCAAUCAGCACCCAGCUGGGCGUGCUCGCCGACGAGCUUGUGUUCCAGAAACGUGUUUCCGUUAUCCAGAGCAUCAUGGUGCUCUUCUGCUUCGCGCUGGUGCUCUUCUCGCGCGGCGCAGUGAGUAGCUACAUGGAAUUCCCCAGCGUACAGAACAUGGUGUCGCGGUCCUACAGUCUGCGGUCUUCGUCCCCCGUUUUUGGUUCGCCAUCGAUGAGUCCCAGUUCGACGCGGCCAACCUCGUCCCACCGGGGGCCGGGCCAUCGACGCAAUCUGUCGGACGAUUCGCAGGAUGGGCCGCUCAGCCCGACCGCGGUUUACGCACCGCCCACACCCCCGUCGGAGCCAUCCAGCCCGGAGACGGAGGAGGGCGAGGCAAACAGGGCGACCGUGGAUGCGGUGGAUGCCGAAGUGGCGCCUCCGUUUCGGUCGCACAGCAGUCCGCCGGUGUUGACGGCCGACGAGGAAUUGGCGGAUGACGCGAGCGUGGAAUCCGGCGAGUCGGUGGCGGACGCCAUGGAUGGAUGA